CCAAAAUCCACCGCCACAAUCGCCGCCAGAACGACUGGUCGACUAACUACAGCGAUAACCGUGUUAAGCGAGGAGGCUGAAACUGAACCUGAUUGUAGAUCAAUCAGUUUCAGUUUCAGCCGCCUCGAUGUCCAAGCGGACGAAGAAGCGCAAGGGCCUCGCCGGCACACCCACGUACGAGGAAAUGGUGAAAGAACACGAGCGCCGACAUGGACCAAUCCCCCCAGUCGACAUGCCCCUCUUCAAGAGGGUCGUCGCCGCUGUCGACGCCAGCGGCCUGAGCGUUCGCAAGCGUCGCACCGAUUUGGCUCUGUGCGAAGGGCCGGAUCCCAAGCCCUAUGUGGACGAGUCUUGCGAUUGCCAGGGCGCCCACGCGCAGCAAAACCACGACGCCUACACCGAGCACUGGGUUGAGAACACUGCCGCCGACUGGGACGUCGCGGGUAAGUCGGCAGACGCCGGGUACGACGGGGGUGGGCACGAUGACGAAGAGCCAGACGAAGCGGACGGCGCGCGCCAUAUCAACGACACCACAAAGCCGUCGAUUGAGAUGCGCAAGCUCCACAACGACAAACGACGCGCGAAUGCACGCGGUAUCGCCGCCAAUGCGUGGCGCGACCUCCUCGUUGAGAGCGUCAAAGAUGUCGCGGACUGGGCGACCCCGCUGGUUCGCCCGGGGGCUCGUUGCAAUACCGGUACGUGUACACACCCAGCAACGUACGUGUGCCACACGUGCAAGUACUUCUCGACGAACGCUGUCUUUUGCUACGGGCAUGCGGUCGACCACGCACCGUACGCACACAACAUCGUUGAUGCGAAGGGCUGCCCCAUUUUGCGCCCGGCGCUGCGAUCUGUGCCGUGUCUCUGUGGGACCACGCGCUCAGCGCGCGCGAAGCCAAUGGAAGUGCUGCUGCACGGGUACGACGGCAGCGAGAAAGUCCAAGUCCUUUGCAGCGCUUGCAAGCCUGCGUCCGUACUCUUACGCCUUGGGUUCUUUCCAAGCUCGCCGACCGUUCCAGCAAAGGGCUUUGCGUUCUCGAUGCUGCAGUCGGCAUGUGCGUACCGCAGAGCAAACGUGUCCGUCUUUGGCGCCGCCAAAGUCUUUUUUGGCGAGCACCCUGACUACGAGCACGAUGUCCACGGCACCAUCUACCCUUCCUUCAACGCAGCAAUUGGAGAGUUCUCGAGGAUCCAGCACUUGUUGUAGUACAUAUAUAUACCACACCACCAAGCUGUCAUGCGAGUGCCUUUGUUGGAAACAGUGUUUCAGUCCGAAACACUGUAUUCCUUCAAUGCACUGUUAAACUGUGCA